AUGUCCGGGGCAGAUGCUCUGGUGCAGGGCGGCGUGAACCUUUUCAACCGCGCAACAGGACGCCCGGUGGAGCGCACGAUGGGCGAAGCGUUCCAGACCGGUCAGGACGUGCGCAACACCAUGCUUGAAGCAGAGCGCGAUGCCGCGCCGAUCCGGUCCGCUCUCGCUGAGGGGAUUGGCGGCUUCGCUGCGGCUCCAGCUCGCACCGCACAGGCGGGCGUGCAGGCUGCGCGCGGGCUUUCGGGUCUGGCGCAGAGUGUCGGCAAGGGCGCGGCUGUGGGGGCGGCAGGUGGCGCGACCUAUGGCGCAGGAACUGCGGAGCGCGGCGAGGUUAUGCAGGGUGCGCAGCAAGGCGCUACCAUUGGCGGCGCACUCGGCGCGGCUUUCCCGUUGCUAACCUCGGCGGGCGGCGCGCUCGCGCGUCAAAUCAAGACGCCGCGUGCAGAUCAGCAGGUGUUGGGCGCAGCGCGACGGGCGGGCAUUCCUGAUAACCUCGACGACGCACUGUCUCGCGCACGCGAAGGCGAUUUUGUGGCCGAGGCCGUGGGCGGUAAUGCGCGCCGAGUGGCGCAGGGUGUGCCGGGCUUGUCAGAAGACGCUGCCGAGAUCGCUAACCGUGCGAUUGAUGAGCGUCAGGCCGCGCGCUUUGAUCGGCUGAUGCAGGGUGUUCGCCAGGUCUCAGGCGAUGACGGAACCCGCGCGGCGACUGUGAACAUAAACCGCCUGCGUGAAGAGGCCGCGCCUUUAUUCCGUCAGGUGGACGAGAAUGUAAUCAGUGCGACCCCAGCGAUCCGCCAGCAAGUGCGUGACCUUCGCAGGGCGGGCGUCUCUUUUGCGGACGCUGACCGCUUGGCGGCUCUUGAGGGUGGCGGCAAUGUCCGCCUGUCGGCCUUGGCGGAUGAUAUGGACCUGCCCGACCAGGUGCGUCUUGGCGAUGUUCGCGCCUUGAUCGGAGCGGUUGAGUCCCGCGCCAGUCGCGCGUUCGGGGCCGGUGAUGGUGUCGAGGGGCGAGCCUUCGCUAACCGCGCCCGCGCGCUUCGCAACGCGCUUAAGGAGGCAGACCCCAGCUUCCGAGAGGCGUCCCGGCUUUGGCACUCAGCGGCGCAAGAUGACCUUGCCUUGAACCUUGGCCGUGACGUUUUUUCUGGUCGCGCCGGUGCUGCGUCUGAGCUUGAAGAUUUUGUCGAGGGUGGCUUGUCAGCCAGCGAGCGCCGGGCCUUCAUGCAGGGCGUGACCGAGGCGAUAGAGUCCCGCGCGGCGCGCGCCUCUGAGCAAGGCGGCAAUGCGGCCUCACGGUUCAAUCCGCGCUAUAUCCGGGACCGGCUGCGGCUGGUGUUCGGCGAGGACGCCGAUCAGGUUGUUGGCCUGCUUGAUCAGCUCAAUAAUCAGGCCAGCUUUGAAAACAUGGCAAUGCGCAGCGUCAACUCUGCCACUCAAGGCCGGGCAGAGGCUGAGCGGGCCGCGCGAAGCGCCAUGCGAACCGGUGCGGCAGACGCCAUUCGAGAUAUUCGAGGGGCGGUCAGCUUGGCAGGCCCUCGGAACCGCAUUGCGGAUGCGGUGGCCGGAACGCCUGACCAAAUGUCAGCGGAUAUGGCGCGUUUGCUGUUCCGCCCGGCUGACAUGGCGGAUCCAGACUUGCAGCGCCUACUGCAAGCGCAGGCUCGGCGUCGUGGCUUGUUUGGCCGCUCCGCGCCUGCCGCGCUUCCCGCUUAUGUGGGGGCGCAGGGCGUCAAUGUGAGCGGCAAAAUCUAG